UUUGGUUUGGCUCUGCAACAUGAUUCGCGAUAGUUUCAACGUGCAGUGCGUCUAGACUAGGUUACCGGUACCAGUUUCUCUACCUAGUAUUUUGCCGUCUGUAGCUAAACAUGGGUCUCAACUUCACCACCACCACCACAACAACAACACCAUCGGUAAUAGCCGCGGCGAUAGGAUCAGGGGUAGGGGCGGACCAAGUAAAUCCUCAUCCGCCUCCGAGCCCGCCAACCCUCGUAUGGCGCCAGGUCACCUUGACCCAAACAAUCACGUACCCGGACGCAACAACAACCGCCAUCGUAACCCUUGACCGCGGCAGCCCGCCCACCUCCUCCUCCUCCUCCCCCACCUCUCCGCCCCUCACCACCUCCACCACACCCCCCUGGCCCGCCGGCGCCUCCCCCCCCUCCUCCCCCUCCUCCUCAGACGGCCUCAGCGGCCAGCAAAUCGGGAUAAUCGUCGGCGUGUGCGUCGGCGCCUUCGUCGUCGGCCUCGUCCUCUGGUGCUGCUGCACGCGCCGCUGCGGGUGCACGCGGUACUCCGUCUACAGCCCCAGCAACAGCGACAACGACGACGGCGAGAGGGACUACUACGCCGAGGUCACGAUCCAGCAGCAGCAGCAGGAGCAGGAGCAGGCUCCGCCGACGAUGCCGAUGAGGACGGCGUGGCGCUUCCCGUGGUCGAUUCCGCCGCCGCUCGUCCCGACGUAUGUCGCGAGGGAUGAUGGGCCGAGGUGGACGGCGAAUCAGGCGGCGAGGCUGGGGGGGAGGAGGGGGUAUUGGGGGGGGUGAGAGGGAGUUUGGAAGUUUGAGGAAAUGGUGGUGUUGGUUAGGUGGCGAGUGGAGAGCUGCCUAGGUAUAUAUUUGCACGGGCGGGCUGCCGACGAGCUUUGGCGAGCAGCGCGUCUAACUAACUACCUACCUACGUCUUGAUUUAUUUCGGGAGAUAUCCAUGGAUUCUAAUAGGAGAAGAGCAUCAUCGAGAGUUUCUAAUAAGCCACGCUAGGUUACCAUGUCGGUCUCAUAUCAUUUGGUUUUAUAUUCGCGCCUAAUACCUACACUGGACGAGAAAGGAAGGAAUAUACCCGUUUCCUGGAAGGAUAAACUACGUUCAGAU